AACACUGUCCACGUGUGUUUCUGUCAACAAAGUUAGCGUGGAGCAAAAAUAAACACACUUGAUCUUUAUCCUUGUUCCUUGACCGUGGAUGAAAUUGAUGGUUCUCAGAGUGGAUUCGUGUAAGAACUAAAUUUUAGGAUGACGACCUCUUUGUCUCGCCAAUUAGAGCGGCUGAAAACGCCAUUGACGGCCUGCAAUCAAGAGCAGGUGCUGCAUGGCACGGCCCCCAGUUUGGUGGAGGAUGUGGCCGGUUUGGAUCCCAAGCGCCUCCGCCUGUUGGCCUUGGAGGCCUUUGACCAACUCUCCACGGACUGUCCGGCUUUGUACCCUUUCCGAGCUCGUCUUUUCCCCGAAGAUACGGAUGAACCCAUGGAGGUCGAUGAAUCUGAGGAGGAUAACGAGGCCCAAGAUCUGUGCGAUGUCUACCUCAUGUUGAGUCAUGCGGCCCUGCGGGCGCCAGUCCAGUAUUUGCUGCAAUAUCUACUUACGGUUCACCAAUUGCACGCCAAGGAUCCCGAGAUGUUUCUCUGGAGCCUGAUGCCACAUUUCGAGUUCAAGAUCUUCAAUUUGGCCGUGACCGCCGUGGUUCAAACCCUGCCCAAGGGCCAGUAUCCGCCUUGGUUGAACGGAUUCUUGCAGGCGUGCCAUCCGGCCACUCGGGUGGGAUUGAGGAAGCAUGCUGCCCGGGACAAGGGCUUCUUUAAGGUGCUCUGUCACCUUUUGAACCGCACCCUCAGACAUCGCGCCCGUUAUCCGGACGUGGAUUACGAUCGACACGCUCAUUUCUUCGUCUCAGUCGUGACCUCCGCCUUGGAUUCUGGAGUUACCAUCGACGAGCAUCACGUUAUGGGGCUUAUGCAAGUGAUCGUGCCUUGCUUGAAAUCCAAUCAUGGCGAAUUUCGGGCCACCGGCGCCACUUUAAUGGCCCAUGUUUUGCCCAAGGUCACUUUGAAGGCCAAAGUCGUUCAAAGGUUGUUGAAGGUUAUUCGAAAAUGUUGCUCAACAAACGUAGAUUUUGUCAAUUUAGCCUUAUGGAUGAUCUUGGUCAAGAGCCAAAUUGAGGCUGUUCCCAUGGAAAGUGCGCUGACCUGCUUGGGCUUGCUAGAGGUCACUAUUCGUGAUACUUGGGAGGGAAAAUCGGGCCGUAACAAUCCCGAAUAUCAUAAGAAAAUGCUAGGGGUUCUAGCUCUGCUACUGAAACGCAUUGAUAUGGCUGAUGAGGAAUUUUCCAAUGGUCAGGACGCGCUGGUUCUGUUGGAUUUGAUCCAUCAUGGGUUGGGCUUGAUUCGGCCCGACUUGAGUUUUGGUAUCAUUUUAAUUCAAACGUUGCGGGGAGCCAUUAAUCACAUCAAGAUGGAGAAGGACACAUCACGUUCUGAACAAGUACGCAAGUGCAAAGACAUGAUGGCGUCUCUGAAGACCAUGUUCCCGGAACAGUAUCUUCAGUUCUCCGGCCAAGAAAUGCAGGAAGGCGAUAUCAUGUUUUUGGAAGGCACCGUUGGAGACUUCCCGUCUUCUGAUGAAAUCGCUGCCAAGAAGAUUUUGAUGGACAAUCCUUUGAUCGCCGAGGUUCGUGGGGUUUACUUGGAACUCCAACGUGCUCAACAAUCCCCCUUGGUGAAAGAAAAUCUAAAAACCCAUGCUGCCUCCGUCAAGACGUUAUUUUCUUCUGUGAGCCCCAGAUUUCUCAUUCUACAGAUCACGGCCGAAGAAAUGACCAAAAUCACUUGCAACUUGAUUCGAUUAUACUGCCUUAAACCCAAAGUGGUGUCUAAAAUAAUACCAUUCAUCUGCUCAGAGGAGUUCAACACGAAUACGGCCAUUCAAAAAGAACUGAAAGCCCAUGGUAUUGAGGUUGAUUUGCUCUUGUUGCAAUUCUUGAUUCUUCCCUCUGAUGAUUACAAGGUCGUUCUUGAGGCGAGCAAGAAGACUUGGUUCUUUAAAAACACGGAGGGAUUGACCCAAAGCAUCCUAUUCUCUCGUCAAUGCAAUCUGAAAAAGCCGUACCAAGAUUUCAACAAGGAAGUGAUUGAGAAACUUGAAAAGAGCUUGGAUGCUUCCAAGUUCAUUAGUCUUUUGGAUAAAGUGGGCAACUCUUUGGUUCUACAAAGUCCAGGAUUGAUCACGUUACUUCUUCUCGUGGCUUCCUACCAACUAAGCCAUGCCCGUAAAACUACCCGAGACCACACAGCCGACGAAGUCUUGCAGUUAUUGCGAAUUUGUCGAGAUAAGCUCGAUUGCGAAGUGAAACAACCACCUCAAGAGGCAUCAAAUGAAAUCAUUGGUCAAGCUAUGGAAGCUCAAAUCGUCAUUGAUUCAGCCAAAACCAGAACCAUCCCGGUCAAGGCCAUUGAUUAUGCUUUGGAGAGCCUGCGUAAUGUGUCGUUCAGUGAGCUGAUUGCCUAUAAGAUGUUCUACGCCAUUUGUGCUUGGAAAAAGCUGAAACACAAAGUCAUCGUCCAAGAUAUAUCUGACAUCUUAUUUUCGUCGUUGGACAAGGAUGGUCGAUUGGAUGUCUUCCUCUCAGGAUUGCUCACCAAGCCUACUGACAAGAACUGGAAUGAGGAUUCCAAAACCAACUCCAGAAUUUCCCCGGCCAUGCAAGAUUUUGCCCUAAGAGAAUUGAAGACCAGAUGCUUGAAAAAUCCCGAGAUGAAGAAACAAGUAUUGGGAUCCAAAUCCAAUAUUUUGCCCCAGCUUUUAGCCAUCUUGGCUGGAGAAUCAGCCAAAAGACGAGGUCAUGCCAUGGGUAUUCUGGAUUGCUGCUACGACGCAGCAGCCUCUGAUGGAAAAUCUUUUAAAGGAUUCGCUUUGUUGGUCCACUUUUUCAGGGAUAAUCGGGCCGCAUUUCUGGGCGAUCCGGAGAACAUCCAGACUUUGAUGGCCAAGUUCUCGAAGCAAAACAAGAACAGCCUGAAAGUUUUGCGAUGCCUUUUGGAGUUGGUGCUAGAUUUUCAGGUUAUGGGUGGUACAGCGGUAUUCCUUACACCGUUGUUCGCCAAGGAGGAUAUGAUUAAGAUUUGUGAACACGGAUAUUCGCUGUUGGAAUCGAAGACAAUGAAAGUGGACGGGGAUGAAGAUGUUGCAGAUGAAGAGAAGAAGAAAACCCAAGCUUUGGUCAAGAUCGUAGACUACUUUUUGCCAACUAUCUUAUAUUUCACCUUAGAACCCCAGUGUUGGAACUUUUUAGAUCGUGUCUUCCAAUCUUCUUUACCUGUGGAUUUGAAUGGAAACCAGGUUUCGCUGGGGUCGUUGGCACUUCACGCGGCAGGAAAUGCUGAAAUUACUAACCCAGAAGUCAUCCUGCCCAUUUAUGAUUUGCUCAUUGCCUUUAGUACUGAUGUACAGCAAAGCGACAUUCUCAUCGAGGCCAAAGCCUUAAUUGGCACCUUUCCUCUGAACGGAGAGCAUAUCUUGAAUAAGUUGAAAAAUAUCUGGGGACAACAUUUCGAAGCGGAUAUUGCCUUGUCUCGCACAUCUGGUCGAGGCAGGUUCUCCGAGAUCUAUGGGAAAGAUUUCCCGGUCUCGGAGAGCAAGUUAGUCGAACAAAAGUGGAGCCGAACCUUCUUUGUCUUGGAAACUGGUGGAAAGGCGUUCGGCAAGGAAGGCGAAAAACUCCUGAAACCCCUCUUUGCCCUCUUGGGCAAAGCUCUUGGACAAAAUGAGUCGACAGAGACAUCCUACGCCCUUGACCUGAUCCUUUCCCAGAUUCAUGAGAUUCUUGAUAGUAAAUCAGAUUCUGAGCUGAGUAAAUUGGAAGCAACCAUGGUCAAUCCCGAGUUAUUGGUUCAAUGCAUUCGGAUUUGCGCUAACCCUGGUACUAAGAGCGUGGCUUUGCUCAUCCUGGCCAAGGCUUCGACUUUCAAUCCCGAGUAUGUACUCCAGAAUAGCAUUCAGAUAUUCACGUUCAUGGGCACCCAUUUCCUGAAGAUUGACUCCAAGCAGAGCUUUGAUGUGGCAUGCCAAGCUAUUGAUAUAAUCAUCCCCCAUAUUCAACGUGUUUGCCAAUCCAAAGGUCCCGACAAACUCCAUGAAACGAGCUUGUCAAUCAUUACCACUUUCGUGGAUGCCUCAGUAGAUAUGGCCACGCAUCGGUUCAAGAUCUUCCUCCACAAACUGAUCAAGUGUCUAGGAGAAAGCGAUUUUCUAUGGGUGGUGACCUUGCUCUUGUUGAAGACCGUUGGGAAGAAGAGGACCAUCAUUGAAGGUCAAAAAACCAAGACCAUGAAAUUCAACCAGAGCGAAAAGUUGCAACAGAUCCAGAGCUUAUAUUCCGAAUUCUCGGCCAUGGUGCAAAUCGAAUCCGUGUUGAGGAUGAUGAUUAAUUUGAAAAAUGACAACAAAGAAGUUCGAAAGAUGCUCAAGAUUGGCGACCCGAAGGACGGCCAGACUGCAACUGAAGAAGGAUUGAAUAGUGCGAAUGAGUACGAUUUGAUCCGAUUGAAAAUGCUCAAUUUCGUGUCCAGUCAGUUGUCUUCCAAGUAUUUCAUCAGACAAGUGAUCCAAGCUUUGGAGUCGGGCGACCAGAUUCAUCAGAAUCUUCACCUUUUGAUCCAGUGUUCCAUUUUGAGCCUGGAAACUUACGAGAAGACCACCAAGGAAUCUAGAAUCCACAAGCAUCUAAUCCAAUUGAGCGAGCGCAUCUUGGAAGGGGCUCUAGGAGUCUUACCCGCCAAGGUUUUUGUGGCCUUAUUUAACAACUUGUUGGCCAACGAGUUUGAUACCGUUCGUAGGAAAACUCUGGAAGUGCUCAAUGCCAAGCUCCAAGAAGGUGAUGAAUUACUCUUGAAAGAGGAAUCUCUGCCCAAUCUCCUUAUGGCAAUGACUACCUUAGCCACAGGGAAGGUGAUUGUCAAAGGCCAGGAACUCGUCGAGUCCGAGAUGAAUCAGCAAUUGGCCAUCCUUGGGGUACGAUCCUUUGCCAAGGCUGGUGGCUUCGACCAUGGCGAAAGCCUGCAAAAAGUUGCCUCCAUUCUCUCCAAAGCAUCGUUUUUCAAGACCCUUCCUUCUGCCAAUGUCAAAGCUUCCACCUUGUUAUGCCUCUCUGAGAUCUUUAUGAGCAUUGGACCUUUGGCUGUGGCCCAUCUGAUGCCUUUUGUCGUCUGGAUUCUUGAGCUUAUGGCGGAUGUUGAAACGAUUCAGAUGAACCCGAUCUUGUUCAACAGUAUCAUCUUGGCCAUCCAGAAGCUCAUGGAGAACUUCAGCGGCUUCCUGAACCCUCAUUUCAAGAGCUUCAUUGUGGCCACGUGCUCCUUGAGCCAGAUCGAAGUAAACCCAAGCGAUCAAACCCGACAUUUGAGCAGUCGGAUUCGAAACCUUCAAAGCUCCCUAUCGCAAGGGAUCCCGAGCCAUUCGCUACUUUCCAUCUGCCGAGAUUGCUUCGAUGAUCUUAAGGGCCAAAGCGAAUGCGUGAGUACCUUAUUGAGUAUAUUGCGAGAAAACGUGUCCACUUUAACCAAGGAAAAAGCCAUGGCCAUUUCGGCGCCCUUCAUGGACUUCUUUCUCCAUGCUUUUAAAUAUCGCGAGACAAUGAAGAAGAAGCUCCCGAUGGAAAAGAUCAAUGAGGUCGAGACCAACAUCAUUGAGGCGUUCUUGGCUCUGACCCUGAAGUUAUCCCUGGACGAUUUCAAACCGUUGUUCUACAGGGUGUUCAACUUGAGCCUGGAUGCGGCGGAGAGCAAUAUCUAUGGCACGAUCACUGUGUUCCAUAUCACGGUGGAAGUCGCCAAGAAGUUGAAGUCCCUUUUCGAGUUCAUCAGCGAGACGUUGAUUCUGAAGGCUACAAAUGUGUUGAACCACUAUUUUAAGGCGGAGAAGGUUAUCAAGAACGAACGACUGGUGCUCCAACUCCUUUUAUACAUCAUGGAAUCCCUUCAAACCAUCUUCACCUUCAAUAAAAUUGAGUCCAUCCUCACGAAGAAUUACGAGGAUCACGUGAAUUCUCUGCUUGCAUUCUUGGGGUACGAGUUUUUCAUUCCGGACCAUCUUGACUUGUUCCUCAAUGGACUUACGUCAUGCCUAUCCCAACUGGCUUUGAGCACAGAAGAUGAGACCCAAUGGAAGUAUCUCAAUUACAAUGUGUUGCUCAACCUCCGCAGCUCAUCCUCAGUGAUUCGAUCAGCGGUGCUCAAUAUCAUUACACAGUUUGUCGAAAAGAAAGGCGACGAGUAUAUGGGCGUGUUGCCGGAUGCCGUAACUUUCCUCUUCGAGACGCUGGAGGAUGAAGAUCCCGAGAUUGAGAAAUCCAGCAAAAGACUCAUUAAACGCAUGGAGGAGGUUUUUGGUCAGUCGGUGGAGAGCUAUUUUGUCUGAAUAUGAACCUCUUAUUCAGUUAAAAAAAAAUCGAAUAAAUUAUCAUCCUUCAAAUAUGUUUUAA